AAAAUGAGUUGGUACAGCCAGAUGCUAAAAUCACAGGAGCUGGCACGCGAGCGAAACCGCCGUGAGGAGCGGCGAGUACGGGGUGAAAAAUACGGACCGCAGUUUGUAGCAAAUUACCAUCUCGCUGAGCUGAAUAAAGAAAAAAGACUCAUUGAAAAAGAAUUGGAAAGAAUACGGAAAGGUAUUCAUAAACAACCAAAAUUAGAUGAACAUGUAAAUCACAGGGCGAACCAUAUUCUUUCUGUUCCUCCUAACUACAAACAUCAGCAGACGAUAAAUCCUGAAUAUUCCAAAGAGGAGGAUCAUCUAUAUGACGCCAUCUUGUUUUUGCAAAAUAAUCCUUCCGCGUUAGUGCCAAUUCUAAGUGCGCAUGCGCAUAGUGAUGCGUAUUUAGAAACGCUUGAAAGAGUCACACCGAGACUCACACAUGACGCUCCUCCUAAUACAACUUUUAAGCCAAAAUAUCUUUCACAAGGUGUGUCAAGGACUGAAAAGGCGGAGUUAGUCAAUAAAUACACUGCUCUUCUUCAAAGACAUAGCCCAAUGCUAAGGCGCUCUAGUCCGCUUACAUCGAGAAGAAAAGUUAACAGCCCGAUAACACAUCGGGAUGGCCACCUCCUUCAUAAUACAGCGCACAGAGACAGCCCUCUUCUUUAUGAUGCAACUCAUAGGGACAGCCCCCUUCUUCACGAUGCUACGCCCAGUGUCACAAAAUCGGAAGAGGAUAAAGAAACACCAACACACGCAGGAGACAGUAAAACAGAAGCAGAGCACGGUUCAGCCACACAAACAUCAACAUUUCUAACCCUACAAUCUGAAGAGUGCCAAUCAGAAACGCACGUGCAGUCAGGAACUCCUCGACAAAAACGCCCACUAUCUAUUGCCAAACUUACAGACGACGGAAUGACCAGCGCACGUGAGAAUGUUUCCAGGCGGUUGUCAAAUAAAGAUAACAAUAGUUACGCCCAGUCGUCCGAUUAUGCCACGCCCAACGAUGAUGUAUCCGACGACAAGAAGUCUAGGUCUAAAGAAAUGAAGGCGGUAGUCAUGUUUCCAUCCCUGGACCCGGAAGUAUACACAGCUACAGGCGAACUGCGCACGUGCCUCAACAUGCCGGACUUUGAAUCCCGGUGGGAAGAAGCUAAUAAAGCUAGCUAUAUUCGGACAAAACAUUUACGCGAACGCGAUAGAGAACUUUCCGUACAGGAAAUAUUUGAAAAACCCAAUAAGGGGUCGUCUCAAGAAGAGUUAAGAAACGAACAACAAAGCCAAGGGCCAUCUCAAGAUUAUUCUAAAGGGGGCCCAGGAAAAGGACAAUCUACCAGGAGACCGGAUUUGUUUUGAUAUGUGAAAAAUAUGUGAGAUGUAUAACUCAACAUUUAUUUAUUAUUUUCAUUCGAAUAUAAACAGUAUUAGGGAUGUAAAUGAAACAAUAUACCAACAAGGACAAAAACAACAACAUUUUCUUUUCGAACUGGGUCAUCCUUGACGUCAUUGUGAAGCGUCAGGACCCUGUAACUUUAACUGUGCAGAUUCCGGUGCUUAUCUUUUUAUAUUAGAUCAAACCUGUUUGUGUUUUAGGAUUUUUGUCUUAGUGAAUCUAGUUCGCAUUAAGGUUAUACAUUUGGCAUAAUAUCGUCACAAUUCGGCAUAUUUAGGAACUUUCUGUGUCUUAAAAAUCAAACCAGCGUCUGUAUUAAAAGGAGCAACAAAAUCAUGAUAUCUCCCUGCUUCUGUAUGCGAAAAUUGACGAAGUUGCCGAAUACUCACGAGCUAUGGAUUGAUAAUAUCCUACCAGUUUAAAUGACGUCAUGCAUAAUACUGGCAUAAUUAUGAUCUUUUAUGAUACUGCACGUCUGUAUCGUCUCUUUUCAUUGGAUAAUUUUGACAUCUAUAUAAACUAUGUACACGGAUGCUUUCAUAUGAUGAAGUAAAUUAUUCUUCCUUAAAUUAAGGAAGUUUGCUGCUGAAUUAUAAAUUCGUUGUAAAGAUUUAAAUUUCUUGACAGGUUAUAUGACCGUAUAUAAAUGGUUGUCUGCAUAUACCCAACGUCUAGCGGCUGGGGUUAUAUGUGAAAACAAUCGGUUAUAUCUCAUAUGGCUAUAUUACCUGAUUUUUUUUUCUAACAAUAUAGACCUGAUGUCAAAGAAGUGAUCAGGUUUCGAGAUUGAAUGAGACAAACAAAAAAUAUCUGAUUAUUAUAUUUGAUAAACAAUCGGCUAUAGAAUCAUCAAGGUCUUUGAACGCUGUAUUUUAAGCGUUGUUUUUAUUCCAGCCGAAGGCCGGUCUGUUUUCAGUUUGACUUCCUGUUAAAUUUACAGGGAAGAACCAUAUUUAUGUAAAAAUUUCAUUGGUCACUUUAAAAUAACGAUAUGAAAUCUCGGAAUCUGAUUGGCCAUUGUCAAAUAAGCAAAAUGACAUAAAGGAUUUUUUUCUGACAUGGUAAACGCGUCUAAUUUUUAAUUGAUCGAAAGGAGUCUGGAAACGUACUAUCUACUUUCAUAAGUUCUUUUACUAUCAAGUUAAAUUUCAGAUUUAACCAUGCCUUAUCCUACACAUUAUUAUCGCCGUUCCUGCACGGCGAUAUAUACAAUUAACGAGAGUUGAACAGUUCUACCUGUACACCGCCUGUCAGAAGCCAAUCAAAGCGAAUAAUUUAAUAUCACAUGUAAACAAAAUGGACGUCAAAAAACUUCCACAAGGGGCGCUUAAAUGGAUUCGCCCAAGCGUAAUGUUUGUCGGGUUACUCAUUCGUACAACUGAAAAAUACCAUCAUCAAUGUACGAACUCAUCAGCACCAGUCUGUAGGCUCUUGCAGGAUAAACACAGCAAAUUGCAAUAUUGUUUGUUACAUGUCAUCUCUGAUUAGAGAAUGGAGUCUUAAUAAUUGUAUAUUUUGUUUUCUUUCCAAAACGUGCACUUAAACAAAGAAAAACUUAACAAAUGCCAAUCAGAACAUCCUCGGCUUUUAUCAAUAAUAACCUCGGAAACAAUACGGAUUGAAAGUAGUUCAACCACGUGGUUUCAGAUGUAAAUAUAAUGUAAAACGAAUGUACAUAUAAUUGACACCCAAUAGGAAAUUAAGUCUGUUUCGGUACUAUUAUGAUUGAAAAUAUGUCUGACAACCAUUUUUGAUUUAAAUAUGCCCGCUGAUAUACAAUUUUAAACAAAUGCGACUAAAUGUCAACAGGUUGACUUUUGUACUUUCGGUUUCUACAACCAUAAUAAUAAGUAUACAAAUAAUGUAUUGUUUGCUUUUGUAUCUAUGAAUUCAUUUACUUGAUAUAUUGGAAAUAAACUUGUCAACAACU